ACCCCUUCUCAGGACUGCGGCGUCGAUAUCUCCUGUGUCUGUUGUUAUGGCACCAGAACCAGAACAGCGAACAGUUCCUGCAGACCCUCCAGCUGCAUUGGAAAACACGGGUUCCUUUCUAGCACUUGGGAAUCCGAUGGCUACGCUACUGUCAGGUGCGUUUUUCUCUGGGGGAACAUCAAGUCUUCUUAGUGGGGAAUCCUCUGCUAGUACAGCUAGCAAUGGUAGGCCUAGUCAAGAACUCGGCAUUGGCGACUACACUGGGAUUAACGACUACCGAAGGGACCUGUACUUCGAUGGAUUCGCAUCCUUAUGGAAUUUCUACUUUGUUUUCGUUCUUGGAUUGGGUCUUAGUUAGCCACUCAGUUAACUUGGAUCAGACUAAAUCAGAUGUAAUUACUCUAGAAUGCGUUAGUAGAGGAUGAGUGACAUUGAUCACUAAGAGAGAGAUGGAGAGACCAACGUCGUGAGCUGAAGCUGCAGUGCUGCUUGCACAUGAUACAAAACUUUUUUUUCAUUUUAAGAAGGAGAGUCGUUUCUUAAAUUCUAAGGCCAAUGAGAUCUUUCUGUGAAGAUGGAGUCCACCAAUAUUGAAAUAGGGCACCUCAUCCCGGCGCGCCGCAGCAGUGGUGGAUUAGUAGAGUAGUCUCUCGCAAACCAUACAGUACUUCAUCUUCAAUCUUGAAUAUUAAUAUCUUGUUUUGAUACAACAACAUAGAUAGUUCGGAUGAGAGAGUUUCUGAUAUUGUUCGUUAUACUUCCAUAGAAGGCGCAACAAGGACGUUCAUUUUCUGGUGAAGCUGAUGCGAUAGUCGACGAUAGCGAAGACCCGGGUCGAGUCCCGACCUUCGUGAAGGUACGAGGCUUACCUGAGCAGCAAGAUCCGAGGAUACAAAAGAGGAAAAAACCAAAGAAGAAGUCACCUUUUGCGGCUUGUCUCGCCACGUGCAGGGGAGCUUGAAAAGAACUUUUUUCGAGACAUGACACUUUUUUUCAGACAUCUUCAAACACAAAGAACCAUAUAGCGAGAAAGUAUAAGACACGCACUGAUCAUGUUGACGUCAUAACGAUCCCCGUAAGGUGAACAAUAGACGACGAGACUUCGAUAAAUGUGCGGUGUUGAGGGAACACAUUUGCAUGAGCAUGAGCGUCGAUCCUCAGGAGAAGCACAGAAGUGGGAAUGGGAUAUACUGGAAAUCAAUUUCCG